UAUUUACAAAUGGCGGCCAUCAUACCGGUGCCCGGCUCAAGACCUCAAGUUAUUGCUGCUGGAUUUAAAUAUUAAAAUAUAAAUUAAUUAACAAUGAACCCGGCGCCAUUAAAAAAUCGAGCGUUGACACCUAAAAUUUUGUGGUAUCAAGAUGACGGCUCCAUUGUCUUCAGAAUCAUGUUAAUUGACAUUGAAAAGUUUUAUUUAGACGUUGAUUUGGAACACAUGAAAUUCAGUACGAUUCAUAAUGACAAAAAUUAUUACUUGUGUCUGUAUUUCUUCGGAGCGGUGGUACCUGAAAAAACUCUGGUGACUAAUUUGGGACGGGAAUUUCAGAUUAGAAUACCAAAGGCUUUUAAAUUUCUCAAAUGGCCGAGAUUAGAGCUAAGUAAAUACAGAAACCCGCAGAUUUCUAUUGAUAAAGAAAAAUUUGAAGAAACUGAAUGGAUGCUCAAAACUAUAAACCGUCCACCGUGGGACGAUUUCGAAGAAUACAAGCGACAGAAUAAUAUCACGAAUAUUAAACCAGGGGAUGAUAGUGAUGAUGAAUCAGAUGAUGAAAGAGAUUAUGUUCUUAGUGAUUAAUUAGUCACUAAGAAGUAAAGUGCGUAGAUUUGAACUUUCAAGUGGUUCAAAUUUAAAUCAUAUCACGGACAAUUAUAAAACAAACAAUUGCACAUUCUGAGCGGUAGUUACAUACUCAGCAAUUUUCAUUUAAUUAAGUUCAUUUUUUUGCAUACUAAUUAGUGUUGCACACUAUUGACAAAUAGAAGUUAUUAAGCUCAUUAAAUUUUUAUAUUGCACCAUCCUAAAUUACAAUUGUCGAGUGCGCUCUACUUUCAUUAAUAUUUUUCACUGGACCGCUCACAUCAAAUCGUACCCACAUUUUUUAAUGAAUUUUUUAUAUAAACAAAUUUUGAUGUCCAAAAAAAAAAUGUCAAUCAACUCACUUUACUUUCCAGCAGUUAAUUAUUUCAAAGGAAAGUUAAAAAAAUAUUAAAAAUUAUGUAGUCGUUAUAAAUGACAAUUUAUUUAUAAUUUAUUUAAAAGUAUUAUUUAUAAAUAAAGUAGGGGUCUGCGAAUAGUUUGAACUUUCGAAUUCUCAUCGAAUCAAUCAAUUCGAAUUAUUCGUAAAUUUUUGACUGACUUAAAAUUGUAAUAAUUCUAAUUUUAGUCAGAGGUAAAUAGAACUCUGACACGAAUCUACGAAAAAGUUAUUUUUGUUUACUUUAAAAACUCUCUAUUAAAUAAAAAUUGAAUAUUUGAAAGCUGAUCAGAAUUUUAUCGAUCCCAAGUAACACACAGACAACUUUAAGAUGUCAUUUAAAAGGAUAAGACAAAUUUUUUCGUCUCAAAGUCACCUUUUUAUGAUACUGAAGUUAGCGGACGUCUAAUAAUUUUUGGAUUUUAUUUUAGACGGUAAAUUAAAAAAAAAAAAAUUUGAAAAAAUUGCACCUGUAGUUUUUUAAAUUCCCUACAAGUGCAUAUUUUUAUUUUUUAUUUUUUUGUAAUUUAUUUGCUGGAAAAAAAAUCCGAAAAUUUUUAAUUAUCUGCUAACUUCAGGAUCCUACCUUUUUUGGUAUAAAUAAGACACGCGGAUGUUCAUUCUAGGAGACAUAGAAAAUUUGUGUUGUUUUUCCUGUCGUAAAAAGGACAUGUGAAUUAAAAAGUCAUUUAGAUGAUUUAUUUUACCACUUUUUUUUAUUUACUUUUUAUCGUCACGUGUCAAGUCUUUUAAGCAGAUAUUUUUUCGGUGACAUAAAUUUCUGAUCGUUUUAUCAACAUUUUGGUGCCUUAUCGAUCUGUCAAAAAACAGCCUAAAAACUGACAUCUUAGAGAUGUCACAAAGUCAAGUGUGUAAUUUGAAAAGUUACAAAUAAUUCGAAAACGAUUCGCAUACCCUCAGAAUAAAGUUAAUUAAUUAAAUGUAUAAAAAAAAAAUAUAAUUUAUUUAUUAAAAAAA